GUAGCUCGCCAUUGUUUUUUGUUAGGAAUGUUUUGGAUGUAAAAUUUCUUGACCAAUUUCAGUCGGGUUAGGAGUAAGUACGUGUUAGAGACCAUACGUGCUUUGUUUCGAUACUUAGCCAGACACCCUGUUACCACCAUGCGACUUCAGAGUUUAUACAGAGGGGCGUGUCUCUUAAGGAACACUGCUACACUCAGGGUGCAACCUCAACAGCGAUACCUGUCACAUGGACUUCUCCAGUACUCUAGGGAAGUGUCACAAGCCUUGCAAAACGACAUCCCAGUGGUAGCCUUGGAGAGCACAAUCAUAACACAUGGAAUACCAUUCCCUCAGAAUAUACAGAUGGCAACAGAAGUGGAGGAUGUUAUCAGAAAUAAUGGAGCUGUUCCUGCCACCAUGGCCAUUAUGGAGGGGAAGAUACAAGUGGGUCUGGAUGGGGAUCAGCUUGAAAGUCUGACUAAAGAGGGCACCAGUGCUGUCAAGACAUCCCGUAGGGACAUGGCUUGGGUUUUAAGUCAGGGUUUCACAGGUGGACUGACAGUGGCUGGCACCAUGAUAGCUGCCCAUAAAGCCGGUAUCCAGGUGUUUGUGACUGGAGGCAUUGGUGGAGUGCACAGGGGAGCUGAGACAUCCCUGGACAUCAGUGCUGACCUGACGGAGCUUGGCAGGACACCCAUCACAGUGGUAUCUUCAGGGGUCAAGUCUAUACUGGACAUUGAGAGAACAUUAGAAUACUUGGAGACUGAAGGUGUUUGUGUGGCUGCCUAUGGCCCGAGCACACACUUCCCAUCCUUUUUCACCCCGCGGAGUGGUCACCAUGCUCCCCACAGUGUGAAUUCCCCCGCUGAAGCUGCCAGAAUGAUAUAUACCAGCCUGCAGCUACAGCUUGACAGUGGAGUACUGAUAGCAGUUCCCAUCCCUGAAGAUGACUCCGUGUCACAUUUAGAGAUUGAGCAGGACAUUCAGAAUGCUAUUAUAGAGGCAGAACAUAAAAACAUCAAGGGGAAAGAAGUGACACCUUACCUGUUAAAGAGGGUACAUGAGAUGACACAAGGAGACUCCUUAAGAGCCAAUAUGGCUCUGAUAAGAAACAAUGCAGACAUUGGCAGCAAAAUUGCCAUAGAAUUAGCAAAACUCCAAAACCAAAGUUCUGGCCACCAGAGGCCAACACAGCAGCCCAGGUCAGCAGGAAGUUUGCAUCCAGCACCAUCUGGUGGGGAGCAAGGAAGGCCUGUCGUUAUAGGUGGCACCAUUGUAGACUUCACAAUCACCGCCACAGACCCCAAUCUCAAGGAAGAUGGUGGAAGCUACCCUGGUCACAUGAGGCAGUCGUUUGGUGGAGUCGGGAGGAAUAUAGCGGAUGGAUUAGCUCGCCUUGGCUCCAAUCCUUUCUUCAUAUCGGCCAUUGGUACAGAUGGGCAUGCCGAGUCCAUGUUGAACUACUGUAGUCACAUGGACUGUAGUGGUAUAGCGCAGCAUGAGACCUACUCCACUGCCACCUAUUGUGCAAUUCUAAGACACAGCGGUGAGUUGAUGUAUGGUGUGGGGGACAUGGAGAUUCAUUCCACCAUCACACCCAAAUACAUUGCCAGAUACGAGGCCAAGCUGUGUCAGGCUCCCAUAGUCCUCAUUGAUGGAAAUAUCCCAGAAUCCUCUAUGGAAUAUGUCUGCAAUGUCUGUGAUAGAAAUCAAGUACCAGUAUGGUUUGACCCCACUGACCUCCACAAGGCAGAGAAGCCGUUUCACAGCGAUGCCUUCACCAAGAUCAUGUACACGUCCCCGAAUAUCAAUGAACUGAGACACAUGAGGCGGGGGUUGAUGGGAGGGACAGGGGAGAUUGAAACAGGCCAGACAGAUGACUUACCUCUGAAUACCUUGCUAGAAGAAAGUGUGGAGAUAUGCAGACAGUUAAUAGAAUACAUUCCAAACAUCUUAGUGACUUUAGGAAAGCAUGGUAUUUUACUGUGCAGGAACUCUAGCCAAGACAAUCCAUUCCCAUACAAAGGAAAAAUUGUGCCAAACCAUUCUCGCAUUUUGAAGACUACCACUUCUAAGUGCAAAUCUGAAGGAGCCUUGACUGCCAUGUAUUGUCCAGCGUAUGCACAGGGCCAGCAACAGGUGCCCCUGGUCAGUGUAUCUGGAGCUGGAGACAGUAUGGUGGCAGCCAUAGUCUACAGUUUACUUAGAGACAUUCCAGCUGCAGACUGUAUCAAGUACGGACUUCUUGCCGCUACCCUCUCACUACAAUCUCAUCAUGCAAUAAUACCCAGCAUGCACCAGAAGUUACAGGAACACAACAUCAAGGACAUGUGCUGGAGAGACAGUCACUUAGAGAUAUAAAGACUAUGAUCACCUGAAUACCACUUACAGAGAGUGGAGACCUCCACCAAGGAUCACCUGAAUACCACUCACAGAGAGUGGAGACCUCCACCAAGGAUCACCUGAAUACCACUCACAGAGAGUGGAGACCUCCACCAAGGCAGCUCAAGUCAAUUAACAUUCUUAUUCGGUUAAUAAUUGGUGAAUUAAUUAAUAGAGAGAGGAGACCUCCACCAAGGCAGCUCAGAUCAAUAAGUAUUAAUUAAUAAGUAUUAAGAAGUAUUGUAAGUUAUUAAUUAGUGAAUUAAUUAGUAGAUUAACCAAAAAUAACCAAUUAUUAUGUUAACCUAUAUCUAUAACAUAUAAAACAUAUAAUAAUACAACAUAUUAAUAGACUAUAAAUGACUAUUUUGGUGGGUUCAACAAAUUGGGUUAUUUCUGUAUUCUGGUUACAAUAUUCUAUCUGAGUCUCUGGUAUACUGGUCUCUACAACUUUCUCAACCUGUGCCAUCAACCUUGUUCCUUUUAACUAUUUCCUUCAAUCAUAUUCUCUCAAAUGCCAGCUAUGGUCAGUUGCUACCUUUUUAUCUAAAAUGCAGGGAGUUACAUGUAUGUGGGAGGCUGUCCUAAAUCUUAUUGGUUAAUCUUAGUUUGAUGGACAGGUGACUCUGGUCACCUGACUUGUAAUUAUUUAAGUUGGUUUAAUUACAACCGGUUUCUUGAAAGAAAAAUUAUUCCGUGUCAGUUUUUUAAAAACAGUAUAACUGUAAUCACUGGCUAAUUAUCAUGAACCUUAAGUGUCAGUUUUUAAAAACAGUAUAACUGUAAUCACUGGCUAAUUAUCAUGAACCUUAAGUUGUCUUUAUCUACUAACAGAAAAAAGAAUGAUUUAACUGAUGAAAUUAGGUGCUUGUCCAUAAGAGAACCAAUUGACCUGGUGAGGAUUGGUGAAGUUCAUGUAUUCAUGCAAGUAAGAAAUUUAUUCAUGAGUUAAGAAUAAAUCACAAAAAAUUUUUUUGUAAGAGAGUUGUAGGUCAUGGCUCACAUAGUCUCUUUGAGUUCCAGUUUUCACCUUGGUAAACGGUGGUAUAUUUCGUGUAAAUAGAAUGAAAAUGGUAAAAACUAAAAAAAAAUAUUAAACCUUAUAAACAUUAAAAAACAAUCAUUUGGUUUGCCACAGAUAUACAGUGUAUGUAGAAUUCAGGUAGACACCGCAUGGGUGAAUUACACCCCAUC